AUGAUAUGUGUACUAAUUGCGAUAAUUGCACUCAUCAUCUCAGCCGUCGCAAUCUCCAAACCCAUUGGCUCUGACAUUACAGAUCAGGGUGAAACAACAAGUACUCAGCAAACUCCCCAGCCUGCAGUAGCAUACUCACCCAGUACCUAUGACGCCAGCCGGUGUCAGGCCUCCAAUAGAAGGAGAAUUUUCACAGUGGUCAUUGGAUUCGAUAUUGGGCCUUAUGAAUAUAGUGACGACAGCGGGUUUCAAGUUGGAUUCGGUCACGACCUAAUAGACGCAGUGUGUCAGGAGGCGGGAAUAGAUUGCAGGAUUGUCACGGAGCCAUACACCAACUGUAUGUUCUCGGAGAAAGGGCAGCCAGAGAGAGGGGGGAUAGGACUUAUGGAAGGUUGGUACGACGCCUGCACCGGGUGGCUGGCCUCACGCCAACGGAAGCAGGUUUUCGCAUUUUCCAAGCCGUUUUUGAAACCAUUCGAGGUCUAUUUCUACGCCUUUCCUGGAUUUAAUCCAUUCAAUAUUACGGGGAAGAAAAUAGGACUGGCCAGCGGUUGGUUCACUAACGAAGCCUGCAUAGCCGGACUGGACCAGGUAGCUGGAAGAAAAGUCCCACCUUCCAACGUUUUCCACGCCCAGACACUUGACGAGCUCCUGGCUAUGAUCCAGAACGGAACUGUAGAUGCGGGGUUUGGAGCCGGAUAUGCGUUAAACACCAAAAUCUCAGGCACAAAUAUCCAACGGUUCCCUUCGGACCCCAUCUUCUGUAAAAAUGCCGCAGGAGGAGGAAUGAUGACCCGUAAAGACAAUGACUUCAACUCUAAAUGGAAUGAAGGGUUUGAGAAACUGGUUUCUUCAGGACGUUUCAAACGCCUAUGUGAUGAGGCACGAACCAAACAUGGUCAUCGCGGUGAGAUUAACUGUGUGGAUGCCUAAACAACAUACAUCCGUAACCUUCUCCUUGAUAGCUAGACCAUUCGACUUGAUAUUCUUAAACUUCAUCUUGGUGACUAAGCCUCAGAAGUAAGCUUUAGUAACCUGUAUUUUGAUGACUGAACCACAGGACUAGACAUCCAUAACCUUCACCUUGGUGGCUCAACCACAGGACUAGACAUCCGUGACCUUCACCUUGAUGGCUCAACCACAGGACUAGACAUCCGUGACCUUCAACUUGAUGACUGAACCACAGGACUAGACAUCCGUAACCUGCACUUUGACGAGAUUCAUCCUUUACCUUCACCUUGAUGACAAACUGUGAAAUUUGUCAAGAAGGAAUCUCUAAAUAACUAAUUGAUAAACCGAACAUCCAACAAAAUUUCAUGCUUAUAUCAAAAUGACCAACAAAAGGCUAAAAUUGACAAUUCAGCGUCCCCUUUAUACACAUACCAAUUAUUUGCCUUACUAAAAAAAGAAGUUUUGGAUUUUGGCCGUUUCUAUUGUUACGUAACUUCUUGCAAUUUCUUAGUAGUGGCUAGCUUAACCAGCAGCCUCUGCUACAUAUGAUCAAAAUGAUACACGAAUGUAGGUUUAGUUAUUCGGUAAAUUCAUGCUUUUAAAUCUCUCUU